CUUUAGUGUGACGGACCACACGUGGUAGAUGGAAAGUAAAGCUAUUCGAGGGGUCCACCAUCGCCGAUUCCUUUCGGGCACAAGUUUAGGUGGUAGAUUGGCAGCGUACUGAAAUAUGGCCGGGCAAAUAUCGGAAUCCGACCAGAUCAAGCAGUUCAAAGAAUUCCUCGGAACAUAUAACAAGCUGACGGAAAACUGCUUUUUGGAUUGUGUGAGAGAUUUCACCAGCAGAGAAGUCAGUUCAGGAGAGAUGACCUGCGCAGAGCACUGCUUACAGAAGUACUUAAAAAUGACUCAGAGGAUAUCGAUGCGAUUCCAGGAGUAUCACAUCCUGCAGAACGAAGCGUUGGCUGCUAAAGCCGGACUUCUUGGCCAGCCACGUUAAGGAAGGAGUGCCGGCGGUGACUGCAUUGCGUGCGAAGGUGCGUUUGUCGCGACAGGUGCGGUGGGAAGGCCCACUGGCUUGGAACGGAACAGCUCAGAGACCCAUCGAAAUGUGGAAAUCAUCGGUGGCUGCCGCCACGUGCAGCCUUGGCGCUGAUCGAGCCGUUCCUAGAGCGUCCUCUUCCUGCGCAGUGGAAUAAUGUUGAUACAGCCUACGGACUGGCUCUGCUACUUACUGGACCCGAGAUGGGGGAGGGAGCAAACGGCGGGCUGCAUCCUGCCCCUCCGCUCACGCACCGUCGCAAGCAGAGCGGCAGGAUACGACCCGCCAUUCUGUGAUCUUUUCCUCCUCCGUUAACCAUGACUGUUCAUUUUGAAAACGGGCAACGUUCGCUCUGAAAAUUAAAUCCCAAAGUGUCUAAAGCGACGUUUAUUUUUUAAUUGAAUCAAAGUGAAAUAAAUGGAAAUUACUGUUG